AAGUGCAGAUGACUCAUUCGACUCAAUUGGAUCCACAAAAAUCUUUGGUCAGGACCAUGACAUCGGGACGUGGACAAUGGACACCCACAGUCUUGGAGCCCCUCUCAUCUACUCUCAGCUACUAGAACCCAUUACGUCUGUGCUUAGUAGCUCUCCUUCAUACUACUAAUCGUUUUAGCCAGUCAAAGCGCUGUUCCCUUCAUUGCAAAUGUUUUCCAAACCCAACUCGUCGUGCACAACGGCCAAGGCCAACAAUCCACCACCCCAACAGUCCAACAAGAACAACAAGAAGGGAGGCAAAAAGAACAAUAAGAACACCAGUAAUGAUUCCUCUUCUACUACCAGCGCCAGCAUUGACACUCCACUGCGCAAAUCGGACAUUCGCAACUUGAAACAAUCCGCCAAGGACUUUUUCGCUUCUAAUAAUGGGACAACUACGACUGAUGAUCAGGAACAAUUGCUGUUGGCAUCCAUUUUGGAUCAAGUCUUUGUCAUGGGUCAAGUAGCCAGUCGACAACUCCAUCAUGCUGAAUUGGGACGCUUGACGUUGUAUGUGCGAACGCCAUCCAAUAAUACUACGGACGCUUGGCCGUACGCCAAUGCCCAAGUGAUUUGGAUCAAACAACCACCCAUGCCCCACACCAAUCAAGUCGAAGUGGCGAUGCCGACCGUCGCCUUGUUGAGUGUACUACCACCCGAAAGCAUGGCCACCGUCUACAUUCCAUCACCCGCCUCGAAAUAUCUCUGUCGAGGAGCUCAUUUGAUGCGCGCCGGAAUGCUCAAUUUGCCAUCUUCACAACAAGUAGUCGGCGAAUCGAACGCCACAGCCAAGCUACGACAAGCACCCCUGCCACGGCCCGUCGCCGUGGCCAUUGCCGGCAAUCCACAACCCAUGGCCGUGGGAUUGGUGCAGGAAGGUGUCCAGUCGGCGGCGGAUAUUGGGCCUGGUACCAAGGGGAUUGGGGCGCACGUGUGGACGUGUUAUGGAGAUGAUUUGUGGCAACAGCAACUCAACGAAUUUCAAACGCUAUCAUCGGUUCCAUCCGUUAUGAACAGUGCCGGUGGGGCAUCGUACAAUGACGGACAGUAUGGCAAUGUCGGAUUUGUCGAUGGACAAGCCGUCCUGCCCAUUGUCAAGAAGGAAGACUUGGAACAAGAGCAGCCAAGAGGGGAGACCACAGCUGCAGAUGCCACUGAAAAAGCGACAAUCGACACGAAUCGUUCAGAAGAAAAGGAAACAAAAGAAGAGGGAGAAACCUCGGCUGAACCGGCUACAGCUGACCCCUCGGCUGAAUCCACCAGUCACGAACAAAACAACGAGGAGACGUCCGAACAAUCGGCACCAGACAUAUCACAAGAAGAUUUGUUGCAUCAAUCCGUCUGCAAGGCGCUCUUGACCAGUCUGUCACCCAAAGAUCUUCCCAUGACGGUGGCUAACUUUUACGCAAAUCACGUCUUGCCAAAUAGACCAGAAGGCACCACAAUCCAACUCAAACAAACCAGAUACAAAAAGUUUGGCAAUUAUCUACAAGAACAAGUCGAAUGCAAACUAUUGACACUGGGUCCUGGACCCAACAAGGGCAACAAGGACAAGACUGGCUAUCUCGUGUCGUUUGACAAACGACACGUGGAAUUGCGGGAUUACAAACAAGACCAUGCCGAAGAAGUCCAAGAUGCCAAAGAUACGGCACAGGCCGCGGCAGCAUCCAAACAGCUCAAGUUGGUAUUGGUCAAUCUGUAUGUCGUUCCACACCAUUUUGUAGCCCUCUUGCGGUUAGACCCAGAUGCCGUCAAGGCCGCCAACGCGUCCAGUGCCGAUCGAGCCGGAACGGGCAUGUUGACAUUGCCCGAAGUGCGCAAUUUGCUAGAAGACUAUCUGAAACGAGAAGAUCUCAUCAACUUUGAUGAAGUCCAACUGGACGGGCCACUCUUUGAUGCCUUGUACAAAAAGAAGAAACAAGCCAACGAUGGAGCCGUGACGAAUGAUUUGUUGACAGUGUCACGAAAAGACUUGGCGGAUAAUUGGGUUGCUGCCAUGAAUCCAGCAUAUGCCAUUGUUCAAAUGCCUGGAAACAAGGUGACAAAACUAGCCAAAGGCAAACCUCCCAAGGUGCAAGUGGAAGUAUCCAUGCGACAAUCCAAGAAAUUUGUCACCAAAAUUCGUGGGAUGGAGACGUACGGCGUCAAUGGUCAACUUCUUGCAAAGGACAUUGGAAAGCGGUUGGCUUGCCAGGCAACGGUUGAAACUCAGUCGGAAAAGGGCGCAGCCCUGCCCAAAGGUUGCGUCGAAAUCGUCCUGGGAGGUAACUUUGCGGAUGAGAUCGAAGCCUUGUUGCUGGGAGAUGAAAAACUGUGUCCUAGCCAUGGAGGCAUCAAAAAUUCAGAGUACAAAUUGCCAAAAGGAUGCAUAGAUUUGGUCAGGAAGGGUGUUCCGGCACGGAAGAAACGAGGCGGAGGCAAAAAGAGAUGAUCAGCUACAGUAGCUAAAACUGCUUUGUUUGAAGAGCUGUCCACAGAGAGA